CGCUUGGCCGGUCGAUUCGCAUGUUUGGCCCUGGGUUCGGCCUGUUUUGGAAAUCGAUGUGAUUGGGGAGUAAAUGUAUGCAAUGUGCGCGGGUGCUUACAGAUGGAGAGAGCGAGAGAUGAACGCCUGUUCACCGAUCCCUGGCACCCUGGUGUGAGUCCGUAGCGGGGCACUGCUCGAGCCGAGGUGUUGCAGACACAGUAGCCGUGUAUACACACCCAGAGCACGUACACACACCCCUCUCUCUCUCCGCGCCGGACAUCGCCGACUAGCCGCUGCCUUCUGUGUAUCCAGACGGCUUGCCACACAGAUCUAGCGGUGCAGCGACAACCCCAGCCCUCGACAUGGAGGCCGUCUACCGGUCGGCCCUCCUAGCUGCCUUCCUGGGUCUCAUAACCACAGGAGCAGCCCGCAGUAUAGCAGAGGAGGCAUUGCAAGAGGAGGUGUUUCCUGUCCCUGUCAGCUUCCCUGCCCAUCUAACCUACGAGCACGCAGACUCUGCCUACUUCCUACAAGAUGACUUUAGCAGUCUUUUCUCCAAUGGGAGUGAGACGGUGCGAAUCGACCAGUUCGCACUUCUCCGACCCAGGGAGCCGGCAGUCGUCCGAGCGAGCUACGGCCCCUUCAAAGUGCAACAAAGUGUGCCACACGAGUUUUUGUUUCCCGGCCUGAACCGGACAAGUCCCGGCCAGUUUUAUAAACUGGACAUCCGGGCGCAUCUCUUAGAUAAAAGUCUAACCCCCGAGAAGUCCAGACUAGGGGUGUUAUUUCAUAUUGUGGAAAGUGACUUGUCACGAAACGAGGGCUCUGGACCCUUACCAUGCAUCGUACUUCACGUGACGAUGGACGGGAAAGAAGCGAAGGCCACGUGUCAACCGGACGGACCCGAACGCCUUUGUAUCGCAGAAACAGAGCUCCCGCUACACUGGUGGAAAGACUCGGCCACGGAAAAGAACCCCAUGCAACAGGGCAAGUGGCAGGACAAGGAAGUACAGGUUUUCUACAGUUUGUUGCCCCUCGACGAAAGCUUGCAGUGUCCAGAAGAGAAUUUGAACUCGAUUAGACAAGAAAGAUUGCGGGGAGAGAUUCCUGAACUGAGACACGUGGGUGCAGUAUUCCUGACCAUACCAGCUGUGCAAUAUAAAGAAGUCGGGGACGGCUCAAACCUAAUGUUGAAGAUUCCGAAGAAGGUUCUGACACCUGGGCAGCAGUUCUCCAUCCCUGUGCUUCUGAGUGGAAAUUCUACCCUGCAGACAUUUGAUAUCAGGGCUAAACCCAAAAAUGGUAUUCAGGUACUUGGAGCAAGGCCCUUGGACCCCACAAGAUGGCAGAUCACUUCCUCAAGCAACCAGAAACACGGAAGCAUGACGGUCACCGCAAGCAUGGACCCACAGCGGGCAGAAGCAGAAAGACAAUGGCAGCAACAAAUCGCAAUGCAGAGGUACCUAAAACCCCUUUCUCUUCUAAUACUUAGUCAAAUAUAG